AUGUCAUCUUCGCAAGUAGAAUGGGGUUGUUCUCAAUGUCGAUCAAUCAUUACUGAUCAUCAAAAAUAUUGUGCUAAUUGUCAUUCUAUGUUAACUUGGAAAUGCAUUGGUUCGGGAAGAUCUGGAUUAUAUAAAAACGUUUUUCGACAUCGUGAUAACUGUAUUGAUUGUACAUCAGAAAUUAAAGAUAAACCACAAGGAGUCGAAGAGAAGCAUAUUGCUAUUCAACAGCUUCAAAUCUUGAAUAACGAGCAGCGUCCGUGGUCUGAAUGGAGUGGAACGAAUCAAUCCUGUGUACAACAUACAGGAAAUGAUAUUGAACAAGUACAUCAAUUAUAUUCUAUGUGUGAGCAGUCACUUAUAAAUUAUUGCAUGCACAGAACCAAGCAGCAAUCGGACAAUGUCAACACAAUAUCUUUAUCUCCUAUGAACUUACUUGUGGUGACAUUAUGGUACUUGAAACAUUAUCACUCGGAACGAUAUAUUGCCACUGAAGUAUACUCAAGUCCAUCUACAAUACAUCGUAUUUUAACCGAGGUAGUGGAUAUCUUACAUUCGUGUGUAUAUGAAGAACUGGUUUCAUUACCAAUCGAUAUGGACAGUAGACAUACCGCUCAUGGACCUGAAGAACAUCAUAAAUUAAUAGUUGACACAACUUCUAUUGCUGUUCCUCAACCUAAUGAUUCAAAACAACGUAAAGCUUACUUUAAUUCAAAAAGUGCAACGAAUUAUGCAUUUAAAGUGCAAAUAGCUUGUGACUUUAAUUAUCGAAUAGUGCACGUUUCCGAAUGUUAUCUUGGAAGCGUUUAUGAUAUAACAAUUCUACGAGAGUCGGGUCUAUUAGAACAUGUAAAUGACCCUGUACAGAUUAUUGGUGAUAAAGCUUAUAUUGGAGAAAAAUAUGUCAUCACUCCAAAGAAGAAGCCUCAUAGAAGUGAAUUAACAACUGAAGAAAAGGACUUCAACUAUAACAUCAAUAGUGCAAGAGCCGCUAUCGAAAAUAUCAAUCAACGCAUCAAAACUUAUGCUGUUCUUGGUAGUGUUUAUAGAGGAGCUGUUGAUGAUUUUGAUAAAAUUACCAAGAUUUCACAGAUUGUUUGUGCUUUGUGUAAUUUAAACUUAAUUAAACAUCCUAUUCGUAAAUAG